GUUGCAUAGCGUUCCACGGGUUCAAGACAGGAGGAAUGAGACACGGUCGUGCAUGCAACGCACGAUGAAAGCUCUGUCCUGCACGGCUGUGGUAUGCUGCAGGAUUGGCAUCCUGCUACCCAAGCAAGCAUAGGGCAAUUGUUUGGUUGAUCCAUACCGAUGACUGAGGGAGACGUCUUCGGGCCCAAGGAUCUAUCCUACGACAGGGGAAACAGUGUCAUAGAUGGGGGCCAUGCCUUGCGUGUUGCAUUCCUGGAGUGGCAACAAGCCUCACUUUCCUUCGAAAACAUAGUUGUCGAGGGCUAAGUAGAGCCUUGAAGGUAGCUCCCAGACCACCAGAUUUGUCUAUAUAAGGAGUCGUCUUCCCCGACAAAAUCUGUUCUUCAUCAACACAACCAAUUCACUCUCAUUCACUCUUCACAGUUCAGUCUUCUCUAGACAAACUUCUCUCUUUUACAAACUUCUCCGAGUCUUCUCUCGUUCAAAACCAAAACCACCGUCACAAUGCAGUUCUCCGUCGCCACCAUUCUUGCUCUGGCUACCGCCGUUGCAGCUCUUCCUCCUGCCGCUGGCACUGGCGCUGGCCAGGAAGUUGGACACGCCAAGAAUGAGUACAACCUCCCUAAGGAGUUGACCACCAAGCAGGCCGCCGAAAAGUGUGGUAGCAAUGCUGAGCUUAAGUGCUGCAACAAGAAAGUCAAGACUGGUGACUUCACCAAGGUCGAGGAGGGUCUCCUCAACGGUCUCCUUGACAGCCUUGCCGGUGGUGGCCAGGGCUCUGAGGGUCUUGCCCUCUUGGACCAGUGCACAAACAUCCCUGUCAACGUUCUGGCUCUUCCCAUUAUCCAGCCUCAGAAGCAGUGCAACCAGCCCAUUUCUUGCUGCCAGAACACCAAGUCCAGCGCCGAUGGCGACCUCAUUGGUAUUGGCCUUCCUUGCAUCGCUAUCAGCUCUCUCAUGUAAGCGUUGAUAUCUGCGAAAUUGAGAGCUCGAGUGUGGCAUGGAUUACCGAUAUAAAGUAUUCCCAAAGUGUCCUUGUCAGUGUCUUGCACUGGCAUCUCGUGUUGUGGAACACUCGCAUGGAGAAGACUGUUCUGUUUCCUUUCUGAAUUAUCCUGUGCAGCCUGCUCCAGUAUUUCCACUGGAAAUAGCUUAUGGCUAGCCGUCUUAAUAAAUAGAUUUUGCAUUAGCUUCCAA